GUCAGUCGUCCCGCGCCCGUCGCCCGAGCGCCCGCGUCGUCGUUUCGUGCAAUAAAACCGGCCCGAAUGCCGGAGAACCAGUCGGCGGGAUGGCGAGUCUCGGCGUGCUAGUAGCGCCAUGUUGAAACAUACGCAGCGGCCGCCAGCGGCGAACGAUGCCGACCAUCGCUACCAGAACAUGCCGCGGCGGCCGCACCACCACCUGCCCCUCAACGUGUCAACCCUGGACUCUUCAAAGCACUCCGUCGGGGGAACCUCGGCGAGCGUCAGCCCUGGUGCGCAGCCGGCGACGACUGCCGCCCCAGUGUCAGUCGUCGCCCCCAUACCGGUUGCGUCUCCCCCGAAGCUCGCGAAUGGCAAUGCAACUGGCAUCCCGCCGCCUCGGCCGUCGACCGCCAGGAACCGGAGUACGAGAGCGGCCACCGAGGAGGCCUUGACUUCUCUAGCCUUGUUGUGCCUGGUCAGCCUGCUGCUGGCACUGCUCGCACUCUUGUUCUUGCUGAAGAUAUCCGCGCCCGCGACCAGUGCUCCUGAGGAGUUUGCAGUGGUGUACGAAGUGACACUUGCGUUGUGUGCGUUGACGCUUUCAUUGAAUCUUUGCUGUUUGCUCGUGUGUGCAAUACAAUUCCUCUUUGCUGUGAAAUUGGUGCAUUCGCCAUCAGCUCCCAAUGGACGAUCAAACAAAUACCUGCAGAAAUCAGCCAUCACCAGAGUGUGUGCCGUCGGUGGUUUCUUUAUAUCUAUACCGGUAUUCUUAACAGGCAUAAUACUCUACACCUUCAUACAAUUCCACUCGACGCCAGCGAUAGUGACGUCAGUUUUCAUAGGCGUUGGAAUAAUCUUCUGCGGUUGCGCAAUGGUGCACAACGUCUUCGUAUGGCAGAAGGAAAAAACGAACCUCGUAAAAGCGUUUCGAACUCAAGACCUCAACACCACGACAAACACACAGAACUUAAAUGCGUCAAAUGGUGUUAUAAUUGGCAAUGGACAUUUGAAUAAUACUGGAAUGGGGAACUUGAGUUUCCAUAGCAUGACAGCCGGUGGUGCGUAUACGCAUCCGAUUACGCUGCUGCAACAAGGAGGUCCUUAUAUUAUAAGGCCUCCAACAAGCACGCCUCCAGGUGAAGGAGCCGCUACUCCAGGCGUUCCAGCAGCCACCAUCGACUUGAGCCACGACACGCACGAACUCAGUACGCUCGUAUGAGCCGCGACGUGUCAAUACGAACUUAUCCGAACAUGUAACAUCAACGCUUCGAAUAAAAUUAACAUUAUUCGAAGCGUUGAAUUUAUGCGAAAAAAUGUGAUGUCUAAAAAUGGAAAAUUAUGAUAAAAUUUAAUAUUACUGUGGCAUUUUUUUAUACACGAAAAUGUAAUCGAAUUUUAAUGAAAUUAUGACUAUAAUUGUUGUCUUGUGUGAUGAAUUUAUAUUCGAGUCAAUAUCGAUAACCAAUUUUAUUGAAAGAGUGUAAUCACAAAAAUGUGGAAUAAAAUAUUCAAGAAGAUCCCUUGAAACCAAUCGUUCCAAUAAUAGCGAUAUGUCGACUUUAACCGACUUGCCAAUUCUAUUCCAGUCAAUUUAUGCGAAUUGACAUUAUUCGAAGUUGACGUAUGUUUGUCUUGCGUGUAUGCGUGUCCCAAAGAGGGAGUUUGUUAGUGUCUGAGAACUGAAUGUGUUUUUUUAUGAAUUAAUUUAUAAUAUUUAAUUCCUUUGUUUUGAGAAAUUUAGACGCCAAGCAACGAAUUAAUUGAUUUAGAAAUAAUAAUAAUCCCGUUGUUUUAAAUUCUCAAUUAUAAUAGAUAUUUUUACAGCGACAAUAAACAAUAUUUUAUUAUGUGGUCAUAAAAUAUAAACGAGCAUCUAAAAAUCUCCAAACAAAGGAAUAACAGUAUUCAGCCUAAGCUGUUUUCUACUCAAGAGGGCCAUAAUAUGCCUUCAAUAUUGUUCUUUUGUAUAUUGUGGUAACUGUAAAUAUUGUUUCUCUAGUUUACGUUUUAAAAAUUGCCAUGUUUUUAUUUUAUUUAGGUUUUAUAAGAAUCUUUAAUACUGUCCUUGUAAAUUAUGAUUAGUCGAUUAAAGCGCAGUCGAUUUCUUAAUCUUUAAAAGUCAAAUCAUUAAUCGUUUAAAGAGCUUUAGUGGAUAAUUAACUUUCAGGGUUAAUACAUUCAAAGUUUCACAAUAGCGACAUUAUUUACACAAGGUCGGAUUCAUGCAAAUUCGAUUCUUUUAAUUAAUCGACUAAAAGAAAAUAGUGGCGUUUUGGCGCGAGAUCGAUUAGAGAUUCAAAUGCCACGUUUUUUUUUAAGUUUUAUAUGAGGCAAUGGCGAUGAACGAUCUAAGAAUAAAACGCGCCAUCUUGCAAACUUCAAAUGUGUACUCAUGUACAUAAUUUUGGAAGUUCUACUUACAUAAUAUUGUAAAAUGUUUAAAAUAUUCGUAAUGAUUGUUAUUUUUAUAAUUUAUUUUUUCUUUUUACAUUAUUUUUGACAGUUUUAAAAUAUAUUUCUGAAUGAGAUAGUAGUACUAAAAAGUAAUUUGAGUGAUGUAGCCAAUAGUUUUAAAA